AUCACGUGACCCGAUAGACUAUAUAUAGAGUGCACGAGAGUCUGAUGAUCACUGGCACGUGCCGAUAAGAGCAGACGACACAGUGGAAAGUUAUUGGCGAGCAAGUUUCAGUGUCUGUGUGUAGCUAUCAUGGCGGGAUGCGUUGGACGUUGGGAGCUGUCUAGCAGCGAUGGAUUUGCUGAAUAUAUGAAAGCCAUCGGUGUGACCCCCGAGAACAUCGAAAAGGCUAAGAGUGCUCUGUCGGCAGGGUCGAAGCUGGUGCAGGAUCUCUCCAACAGUGGCACCUCCUGGACCCUCAAGACCAUCACCAGCGCCGGAGAGAAGGAGAUCACGUUUAAUCUGGGUGAAGAAUUUUCAACAGCCACUCUUGAUGGCAGGCCAGUGAAGGUUGUUGUCACGGAGGAAGGCGGCACCUUGGUGGAGGUACAGAAGGGUGAUGGGUUUGAGACCAAGAACGUGAGGACAGUAGCCGGAGACGAGCUGGUCAUGACUAUGACCGGAAAUGGAGUGACGUGUACCCGGAAGUACAAGAAGAUUGGUUGAACACAUCAUCUGACCAAACGAACUUUACCAGCUAUAGUACCAAUUCUUUGUGCAAUUGUGUUCGGUGUCAAAGGUCUGUCUCGUGUUUUCAUUCGCCUGAGGAAAAUAAGUUCAGAGCUUUCACCACAAUGUAAAGUAAUAAGACAUUAUUUUGUCUCCGCGUUUUGUGUCCUUUUGUUCUUUCCAGAUCCAUCUUGAAGAAGUCUAAUAAGCACAGCCAGUUUACGGGUCAAUUGCCACGCUUUUUAUAUAUGAACGAGUCCACUAAAACGUCUACUUAAAGUAACAUUUCUUCGGAAAGACGGAAAAGCUAAAUGUGUGGGACACUACUUCCUGUUUUAAUUGUGUUGACAGAAACACAAAUUGACUGUUGCCUGAAUUACAUACGCUUUAUGAAGGGCUGACUGUCACUAUUCUUAUCAAAAGGGCAUAUUCUAUUUAGAAAUUAAAUUAGGUAUAAUACCUAUUCUGAAAAUAAACACAUUAUCGGCUCUAUAUGACUGUUCCGACAACGCCAAAGUUUCACCUAAACAUCAUACCAGCGUUAUAUUUUGUGUCAAGUGUCUUGUCCAAUUUGCAUAUCACUGCCAAAUGUAUCGGAAAAAGGGCGGAGAAGCUAAUUUCAUAUUUAUCAAUUGUAAAAUCAACGUCAGCAUUAAGACUGUUGUUAUAAAGACGCUACUCCGGCCAAUUGCGCUUCUGAUCUUAAUGUAAAGUUUGUGUCUGGAUGUAACCAUAUCAUCAGUUGCCUUUAUUUUCUAUGAAUAAAAAACACAUCUUAGAGAUGUGGCCAGGUAACUUCAAGACAUUAACAAGAUAUGUGAACACUUAAAAUGUUGAAAUAACGUGGUUCCAAGUGAUGGUGACAAUUCGUUUUAUUAGGAAAGCAGCUGGUACAUUUUCAAAUGGAAUUGUAAUACUUGCGACGAAGCUUUUCAUAUUAUGUGUACAGCCGUGAUGUAGAGCUGCGGUAGAUACAUACCAAGGGAAAGUCUUCAUGGAUGUUAGUGUUCUAUUUCAUUUUACAUUUCAUUUGUUUUGAUUCUACACAUUCUCAAUACAUAUGUCAAUGUCGAGUGAGCUUUUUUAUGUUUGUUUUAAUUUGUCAGUAUUGUAACUACAUAUAUGACAGAUAAUAAUUAAUAAAUGGUUUUUUUCCACG